AUGUGGGGCCGGCGGCGGGCCCGGCGCGGCGGGCACAGCGCGGAGGAGCUGCGGGAGCGGCGGCGGGAGCGAGAGGCAGCUCUCCGCAGGGCCCGGCGGCAGGAGCAGCUGGUCAGCAAGCGGCUCCUGCGGGAGGACAGCGCCGCCCAGGAGGGGACACAGGAUGGAGCAGAUGUCGUGCCAGACCCGCUCUCAGAGGAUGAGGUUCUGGAGCUCCUCCGGGGUGUGCAGAGGGGUUCGGAGGACAGGAGGCGAUGGCUCAGCCGCCUCCGCUGGGCUCUGCAGAAUGAGGACACUCAGCAGAAGUUUGUCAGGCUGGAUGGCAGCAUCCGGACGCUCACGGGGCUCUUCACCAGCAGCCUGGCUGAGCUGCAGCUGGAGGCUGCCCGCUGUCUGCACGAGCUGUCCCACUCCAGUGUCCCUGCUGUGGCCGAGGCCUGCCUGCCUGUCACCUCCUACCUGCUCACCUACCUGUCGGGACACAGCCUGGAGCUCACGGAGCUGUGUUUGUACACACUGGGGAACCUCGUAGUAGAGAGUGAGGCUGUGAGGAAGCAGCUGCUGCCUCAGGGCAUUAUUCCAGUGCUGGCAUCCUGCAUCCAGUCCCCUCACGAGGCAGUGCUGGAAGGUGUGGGCUAUGUCCUCUCACAGCUCCUCCAAGCCAAGGAAGCACCCACAGACAUCAUCCCACUGGUCCUGGACUCUGCUCUCCCCCAGCACAUGCUCCAGCUGGUCUGCUCUGGCCUCAAGGCUGCCACGGGAGCAGCUGUGGAGUUUGCCUGGUGUCUCCACUACAUCAUUUGUAGGCACAAGGACAAUGAGCUGCUGCUGGCCCUGGGGGCCGUGCCCGCGCUCACCUCGCUCCUGCUCGACCUGGCUGCCCAAAUCCCCCAGGAGGCUCCCGAGGGCCUGGAGCUGCUGGUGUGCCCCGUGCUGCGGUGUCUCAGUAACCUGCUGGCACAGACAGACUGCCAGGGCCUGGACAGACGGCUGCUCGUCGCCCUGUUCCUCAUCCUGCAGUGCUUCCUGCAGCAGCACCCCUUCCUCAUCCACGAGUGCCUGUGGCUGCUCAACAACCUCACAGCGGAUGAUCCCUCCUGCUGCUCCGCUCUUCUGUCCCUGGACCUGCUGCCAGCCCUGCUGCAGCUCCUGACGUGUUCCCAGAUGGGCACAGUGCUGGUCCUGACUGUGCUGUGCAACGUGGCAGAGAAGGGACAGUUCCAGUGCCAGCAGCUGCUCCAGCAGCCCCUCCUGGCCCAGCUCCUUCCCCUGCUCUCACUGCCUGACCCUGAGGCCGUGGGGCAGUGCCUGGAGCUGCUGCACCUCCUCUUCCUGCACUGCCCAGAGGCUGCUGCUGAGUUCACCAGGCAAGGUGGGCACCAGGCCCUGGAGCAGCACCAGAGCACCCCAGAGCUGCAGGAGCGGGCACAGGCACUGCUGGACAUGGUCAGGCAGCCCCCAGGAGCCUCCAGUGCCUGCCAAGCCACACUGGCUGCCUCCUCCUAGGCCUCACCCUCUCCCUUACCUCCUCUGAACUGCCAGGGGAGGAAUAAACUGCUCACCCCAGUGCCCAGCUUCCCAAGGGAUGUUCAGGGCUCUGAUGUGCCCAGUGCUGGCUGCAUGGGGGGCUGGUUCUUGUCACCACCCAGUAAGCACCAGCCUGGUGUCCCCCAGAGCCUGGAGCAGGGGCAGAGCUGAGCUGCAGCCCAGGCAGAUUCUCCUGUGCCAGGGAGGGCUGAAGGGCUGCAUCAGCCAUUCCUUGGGCUCUCAGCCACCACCAAGCUCAAGGUAAGCACAUUGUGUUUAUGAAUUGAUAAAUUAAAGAUACAUCUUUGACAUUAAAGAUAAUCAGUCGAGUCUCCA